AUGAACAGCAAGCUCACGAAGAAGAGAUCGCCCGCGCCGCCUCCUGAAAAAGGGCUUCCACCGCCAGGAUCCGGGUCGUACGUCUUCCUCUCCAGCUUCAGAUUUGCUCAUGUUUUCCACUGACAAGAUUCACAGCGAGAGCCCACCAUGUCCGGCUCGGAGCCACGGCGGCAGCGGUGUUUCUGCGGGUGUGUACGUCACCCAAAUUAGAUCUCCAACGCACAAUGCUGACAUUGUCCACCAGCAGAGCCUUCGUUCCCCGCUUCUUCGCUGCUUUACACCACAGCCGCUACGUUCGACGCGGAGACUUGCUCUGAUCGGCGACGGCGGCAAUCUGGCGACAUCCAACACUCCAUCACUCCACUUCGAACGCCUUCCACCCGACAAUGGCUAGCGACGAUGAGGGAGCCAGGCGCGCGGUUUGCCCACACUCUGCAACUCGCCCUCCCUCUCCAAUGACAGCAAUAUCUACACCGAACCCAAGUCCGCCUCCGCCACUGCAGACAGCAUUCAACCGCUGCUGUUCCUACGGCAUCAGGAUCGGAGGGAUCGAUGAGCACCGAGGUGCAGCCUCCUGCGUCAAUGACACCAAGUAAAGGCGCUGAAGAUGGUCUUUGUGAGUCUCAUUGACCUUCUUCAACGAACACGGCUGAUACUGAUUGCUGCAGGAGCUCAAGACGGCACCGCAGCGACGGAUUUGGCGAUAUUCGCACCCGCAUCUCCCUUUGAUCUCCUCCUUUUUCUCCUCCCCGACUACAAUCAUAACAUCCACUGCAACAGCCACUGUCAUGGUGCGUGUGCAUAAGAUGUACCCACCGGGCUCGCUCCAGUCGGCGCCAACGCAGGCACGCCAGCGGCGACGAUGCAGUGACGACGUCCUGGCCAGCUUAACAACCUGCUCGCCGCUCACCGCUCACCAAUGCCACGGCAGUGGUGACGUCGACCUCGUUUACACGCACUGAACUCUCGCGCAGUCUCACGGAAUGGUGAGGAGCCGCUCAAAAUGCUGAGAUCGGUCUGCAGCGACACCAUCUUGGUAGGUUCUCGCCGAGCAGCCAGCACACGUUCAUCGGAUCCAGCUGCAUCUAUUGCAGCACAUCUCGCAAGCUUGUCAGCAGCUCUUUGAGGUACACUGCAUCAUCAGAAGCCUUUGGUAAUGAUGCUGAUCACCAUAUAGGAGCAUGAGCCGUUGGACCACCACAGAGCUUCAGCAGCAGUGGUGCCGCCAGCGAGCUCGAGGACGGCUCAUCGAUCAUGGUGCAGUCCGAAGGCGAAGCCAAAGAGACGACAGCAACAGCAGCGACUCAAGCGACUAUCAGAGCUUCAGCAUCGAGGGCCUCUGGGAGCUUUGGGCCGGAUUUUAUCUCACCGAGCAGCUCCGAGAUGCGUUCGCUGCCUCAAAUUGAAUGAACAGUUGUCGGCGAGCGAAUUCCAUCUUCCCCUUGGAUUGACCAAUCGCCACGGCUACAUCGCGCCCACCGCCACAUACGAAGGCUUACAAAAGGCCAAGCUGUUCGAGUACAGGUCAGCUCGCCGCAAGGCAUUCGACAAAAUGACGGAGCUCUAUGAAGCCGGCUACAAGGUCCACAUGGAUGCCUGGAUCGACUUCUCCGAUGGCCGCGCACCAUAUUGUAACACGAAACAGUGGCACAAGGCCCGCUCCGCUACAGUCAGAGAUCCUCUCGUUUGA